GAAACUUUUCAAUCUUGUGGCCCUUUAAUUAUAAUUCACCAAGAAAAACUUUCUCGGUACCACAUGCAUUCAUUUGUGCUCUUUUUCAGUUGUUCAUAUUAAGCAAGCACACAGAAAAUGUAUAGUAGCACAGCUUUUGUUAGUUACAAUAACUCUUUUUUAUUUUUUUGUUUAUUUUUUCCUCAGCAGUUGUGAUAGAUGGCCAAGAAGAAGACAUGGUUUAGUCUGAUAAAAAGUUUUUUCAUCUCAGAACCACAAUUGAAACCGGAAAAGGUAAACAAUGACCACGAUUUUUUUUCAAUUAUAAUUAUCUUUUCUUAAAGCCUCACUAAAACCAUACCUAAUAAUAAUCAUACGGUUUUCUUCAAAUGAUGCAAAAGAAGGAGAAGCGAACGAGAUGGGUCUUCCGACUGCUCAAGAUCAAGAAACUGUCCCCACUGCCCGAAACAUCUCCUGCAAAAGAAAGGCUGACAUGGCAAACAGCUGAACAGAGUAAUAUUUGUGUCAUUAGUCCCCAACACGAAGUAGCGUCUCAAAAUCAGGCUGCUACCAAGAUUCAAGCUGCUUUUCGCCGUUAUCUAGCAAGAAAAGCACUACAGGCGCUGAAAGGAGUGGUCAGGCUUCAAGCUCUUAUUCGCGGUUGGGCUGUCCGGAAGCAAGCUAUUCACACCCUCAAGUGUCUGCAGUCCAUAGUGAACAUCCAGACAGAAGUUUGCUCAAAGAGAAGUGAAAGGAUUAAGAGCAGUUUGUAUUGUCAAGAAUACAAGUGUCAGGAUUUCAAGGAAAAGGACAUAAAGGCACAUUCCAACAGCCAAAAAAGGUGGGAAGACAGCACACUGACCAAAGACAAGCUAAACGCCCUCUUUUUGACCAAGAGAGAAGCUUCCACCAAGAGAGACAGAAUUAGAGAAUACUACUUAAACCAUCGGAGAUCAGCCGAAACCGAAAGGGACAAGGUGCAUGGGAGAAGAAAAUACUGGCUAGAACAAUGGGUAGAUGCCCAGCUGGCUAAAAGCCCUACUCUCGGAAACUUAGAUAGGAAUUUUUCAGCAAACUCAGGAUAUUUACAAAGGCAAUAUCAGGCUGAACUUCCAGAUCCUCAUGCAUAUAUCCCGACAAAAUCAGGUCAUCACAGGAAGCAACAUUCAAUAGGGAACGAUAAUUCAUUCCCAGGUUCACCUAUCAUUCCUGCAUACAUGGCCUCCACUGAGUCCGCCAAAGCAAAAGCCAGGUCAUUAAGCUCUCCAAGACUUCGACCGCUUAAUUUUGAUGUUUGUUCAGAGACAAUGUCUCCUUAUAAGCGUAAGUGUUCUCCUAUAUCGUCUAUCAAUAGUGAGCUGACGAGCAGCACCUGGGUUGAGAAUCAUCUGAAUACCUCACAAAGAUCAUUGGGUUUGAAAGGUCCAGUAAAAUCAACUAUGAGCACAAAAGAACUCCGGAUUCGGGGGAUUUAUUACCAAAAUGGUAACAAGGCUGUACCCACGGAUGAGACAGAUUCUAAGAAAGCCCCAACUCCAACAUCCCCAUCACACAUGGCUGCCAACUCCUUCACCUCAGUCCAUCACCCCCUCCAUUCCCUAACCCAAACCUUCAAACACCAGACCUUAAUAAAACCACAGAAGAGAUUAAAUUCCAAACCACCCACCACCAUUAUCACCACCUCCAAAUUACGGGCCGCGGUCAUUGGCGGGGGCCCAGCAGGGUCCUCCGCAGCCCAAUCUCUUGCCUCAGGCGGCAUCGAGACAUACUUAUUCGAGCGCAGCCCAGAAGCUGCCAAGCCCUGUGGUGGGGCUAUACCUCUUUGCAUGCUCGACGAAUUCUCGAUCCCUACUCACCUCAUUGACCGAAAGGUCACCCAGAUGAAGAUCAUCUCACCUUCGAACCUCACAGUCGAUUUCGGCAAAACGCUCAAGCCCCACGAGUUCAUCUCCAUGGUCCGCCGUGAGGUGCUCGAUGACUUCCUCAGGGCUCGGGCAGAAGAGUGUGGGGCAAUCCUAAUUAAAGCCCUUGUCAAGAAUAUCGAAAUCCCUGUAUCGGAAAUAUCCCCUUAUGUAAUCCAUUAUAUUUCUAACAAUACUCACAAAUCCCUGGCCGUAGAUGUUGUGAUAGGCGCAGACGGAGCAAACAGCAAGGUGGCUAAGUCGAUAAAAGCAGGAGACUACAAGUGCGCAAUUGCUUUUCAGGAAAGGAUUAAGCUUCCGGAGGAGAAAAUGAAGUACUAUGAGAAUCUGGCGGAGAUGUACGUGGGGGACGACGUCUCUCCCGACUUCUACGCGUGGGUUUUCCCCAAAUGCGACCACGUGGCGGUUGGAACGGGAACAGUCCGGUUAAGGCAAAACAUCAAACACCUUCAGGGCGCGAUCCGGAAUCGAGUCAGAUGCAAAAUUGACGGCGGCGAGAUUAUCAAGGUCGAAGCUCACCCGAUCCCAGAGCACCCCCGGCCGACCAGGGUCCGGGGAAGGGUGGCUCUGGUCGGAGACGCCGCUGGAUAUGUCACCAAGUGCUCCGGCGAAGGCAUAUACUUCGCAGCCAAGAGCGGGAGGAUGUGCGGGGAAGGGAUCGUUCGGGCGUCGGAGAACGGGGUCAAGAUGAUAGGCGAGAUGGAUCUGAGGAGGGAGUACCUGAGGAGGUGGGACGAUGAGUACUUGGGGACGUUCAAGUUCCUGGACGUGCUGCAGAGGGUGUUCUACGGGAGCAACGCCGGAAGAGAGGCGCUGGUGGAGCUGUGCGGCAAGGAGUACGUGCAGAGGAUGACGUUCGAGAGCUAUCUGUACAAGAGGCUGGCCAAGGGGACGCCGGUGGAAGAUUUGAGGAUGGCGGUGGACACCGUCGGGAGCUUCAUUCGGUGUAGCCUAUUGGGGAUUUUGUAA